AUGGUGCGCUUAGAGACAUCAAAUGAGUACGAACAAAUAGAAGCGAGUGUGGAUUGGUUGGCGUCUGAUAUCGAUCAGUCAGAAGUGGAAUCUGUAUGGACAAUACCAACUGACGAAGCUGAAGAUAUUGAUUAUUUCUAUUUUAAAAUUCAAAAGUGUUCCAAUCCUGUAUUUUGUCCGAUCAAACAACUACAAGGAACGUGGGAAUUGGAUUUUGCAUCUGAUGGAAUUCAUAAAAGGGGAUCAAAGAAAAAAGUUUCGAUUGAGGAGGCCUUGAUCCAUCGGCGUCGUUGUCUAUUCUGUCACAAACACAAAUACUUUUUUAGUAGAGGUAGUUGCGAUGCACAUUCUUGGAAGAUUUUAGGACGCAAUCUACAAGCACCUUGCAUCGGAUUAGAGGAAUGUCCAGUUUAUAAAGAGGAUAAUUUUUCACAGAGAUCGUUAAGUAAUAAUCGUGCGCGUUAUACCUGUUCUUGUUUCUUAGCAGAGGGUGGACAUUUUAUUGAACGCAAGGGAAGAGGGAAUAAAAAAAUCAAAUGCUUUGAUCAACACAAAAAUGAAUCUUCUAAAUUCUUGGAGCUUAUUGGACGAUGGAUACAAAGCAUGGCAACGUUUCCUAAUGAUGAUAUUAAAAACGUACUUCUGAAAGAAUUAUCAAAAACGCUUAUUACUUUUUUUGAGAAAAAAUUGAAAAUUGAAAAAUGA